GCUUCCUCCGAGUCCGAGCCAACAAACAAACAUGCCUUAACGUAUAAGCCCCGUCUCUCUCUCUCCACACACUUUCCUUUGAGAAACCUGAGUGUAGGACGUACGUACGAAGAAUAAAUUGCCGAGCCAGAGUGAUCGAGAUCUUCUACUUGUGCAUUCAAACUCUCUCUCAACACACACGACGAUGAAGAAGAACUCGACGGCGUUGCUGUGGCUGUACGUGGUAUUGGUUGUGGCACUGCUUGUGUUUCAGGUCAACAUCUCCGCGACCUUGUGGAAGCUCGUACUGAUUCAGCGUGACCCUCAUGGUACCAAAAGCGGGACCCAGAGACCGAUCUUCAGGCGGGGCCCACUUAUUCAGUUAAAGCCACGGCCCAAUGCCACGUCAUCCAUUACCUGCGACCGGUCCCACCAAUCCUACGACAUCUGCUCCAUCGACGCCCCGACCGUACUGGACCCCACAAACGCCACCUUCUUCCUCUUCCACCACUCCUCGGCCGCCGCCCCAUAUCCUCCGCCAGAGAAGAUCCGACCUCACCCCCGGAAAUGGGAAGACGCUCUCAUGUCCCGGAUCAGAGAAUUCACCCUCACUGCCGCCAAGUCACCGGCGCCGUGCGACGUCGUCCACCCUGUCCCAGCCGUCGUGUUCAGUGCCGGUGGCUACGUUGGUAACGUGUUCCAUGAAUUCAAUGACAUUUUGAUCCCCCUGUUCAUCACCGUCCAUACGAUCUACUCGGGCAGCCGGGAUUUCAUCCCCGUCGUGGACGAUGCAACCGAUCGGUGGGCCCACAAGUAUGCCGAUCUGUUUCUGAGUCUUAGCAAAUACCCCAUCUUGAUCAUCAACAGAACCGCCGGCGCCAGCCGCCACUGCUUCCCCUCCGCCUCCGUGGGCCUCAUCUCACAUGGGUUCAUGACCAUAAACCCGGAACUGAUCUCGACCUCCAGUAAUCUCUCCCAUUUUCGUGAACUCCUCGACAGGGCUUACACUGGAGGAGAUAUCCGUAAUGCUGCCACGAUGACUACGGGUGAAAGGCGGCCACGACUGGUCUUUGUCGUCAGAGGCCGUGGGGUGGGAAGGGUGUUGCUGAACCAGGAGAAGGUCAGGAAGGCUGCGGAGGCGGCGGGGUUUGAGGUGGUUAUGUUCAAGCCGAGGGGUACGACGCCAUUGAAGGAGGCGUACGUGCUGAUCAACUCGAGCCACGCUUUGAUCGGCGUGCAUGGGGCGGCGCUCACCCACAUGUUCUUCCUGCGUCCUGGAGCGGUGUUUGUGCAGGUGGUGCCGCUAGGUGCAGACUGGGCUGCGGAUAUCUGCUACGGCAGAGCUGCAAAAGUUCUAGGGUUGAAUUACUUGGAGUACACGAUAGAAGCGGAGGAGAGUAGCUUGACGGAAAAAUACGGAAGAGAAAGCAGGUUGAUUAAGGACCCGACCGCAUCCAGAGGAGAACAAUGGGGUGAAGUCAUGGCCAUCUAUUUGAAGGAGCAAAAUGUGACGUUGGAUUUGAUUAGGUUUGGCGGGACCUUGAAGGAAGCGUAUUUAAGGGCCAAGAAGUUCAUGGAGGAUGAAGGUUAAUCGAUAGAAGUAAAUGGAAAUCCAACUUUUUCGGUAGAUAAUGAAAAUCCAACUUUUGGUUCUUUAUAUUUUUAAAAAUCAAGUUCAAAUGCGAUUUUUUAAUGAAAUUUUGGAAACAAUUUAGGAUUUUGAUUUAUUUGCUGCAUUUUUUUUGGGUGAAUUAGCGGGUCCAAACCCAAUUCAUUAAUAGAAAAUAUCAAGUAGUACUAUAAUGGGAUACGACG